GCAGCUCCUGCUGCCCUCAGCCCCAUCCUGCCCUCUGCUUCCCAGCGCUUAUGCAGGGCUGUGUGCAGCAGCGAGGUGCCCUCACAACCGGGCACCACGUCCCAAAAGCACUUGCUGCCCAUGGCUCGGUUUCCCCCAGUGGUGGGUGAGGGGGCUCCCGGCGGGGCUGGGGUCGUGCUGCAGAGCAGCGCUGACGUGCCCAGGUAACUGGGCUCAGUGUGUGCACGGGGACCUGGGUCAGGGUGGGGACAUGGCGCAGAGCAGGGACACGGCACGGUGCGGGGAUACAAAACCACUCCAGGGAUGGGGUUACCCGUGAAGCCCCAUCCCCACACUGCAUCCUCUCACCCCACACCAUUGCUGCACUCCACAUCAGCACCACCCGGGGCUGGGUGCUGCGAGCGGGCGGGAUGAGCCCUGUGCCCCGUUCACCUCCCGUACCCAUCACAACCCCACAGCGGUGCCAACCCGAGCCCGCUGGCUCCCAGCCCCGGGGCCGGCCCCGACUGCGCGUCCGGCCGCAGGGACCAGCACUGGACGAUGGGGCCCCGCUCCGCCCUGGGCGGCCCUACGGCACCGUAGAGGAGGGGCCCACCGCCCCCACACCGUUGGGGCGUUUUAAUGGGCUCGGCCGGAGCCGGGCAAGCAGAGUGAGGACGGCAGGAUGCAGCCGGAGCUCCCGGUCGGCUCCGCAGCUCUGCGCGGCCGCACGGCCCCGGACAGCCCCUAUCCCGGCCCCUCGCCGCCUGCCGAGGCCACCAAGCCGCCCUACAGCUACAUCGCCCUCAUCACCAUGGCCAUCCAGAGCACUCCCGAGAAGCGCAUCACCCUCAGCGGCAUCUACCGCUACAUCAUGGGCCGCUUCACCUUCUACCGCGACAACAAGCAGGGCUGGCAGAACUCCAUCCGCCACAACCUGUCGCUCAACGAGUGCUUCGUCAAAGUGCCCCGCGACGACAAGAAGCCGGGCAAGGGCAGCUACUGGACGCUGGAUCCCGACUGCUACAACAUGUUUGAGAACGGCAGCUUCCUCCGGCGCCGCCGCCGCUUCACCAGGAAAAGGGCCCUGCAGGAUGGAGAGGGGGAUGAGGGACGCAGGAAGACCCCCAGGACCCGCUCACGGGCAGCGCUGCCAGAGGAGGGGAAAGCGGAGAGCGGCUUUGCAUCACCGACAGCAGAACAGAGGGCAGAGGGUAUUGGGGUGCCGGGCUGUGCUGGGCAGCUCUGUGCUCACCCGCGGCCCAAAGUGCCAUUCUUCACCAAGGAGCCACUCGGGGUCCCGUUGGAGAGCCGCCCGCCCGCCCCCCCCCAUCCCAAGCAGACUGCCUUCGGGGGACCCCCGGCUGCGCUGCCGCUGCCCCGGCCAGGUCAGUACCCACUGCCCACAGAGCCCGGCCACCCCGCGCAGCGCUCCCCGGACCCCACUGCAUCCCCCCCGGGUGAUGUGGAGGGCAAAGAGCCGGCGACCCCCACCAUGGGGCUGGGCCAACCCUUUGGGCAGGUGCCCCCCGUUUUCCCCAGCACCCUGCUGGGCACGGGCAAGCCCCCCCCGUCUUGCUUCCUCGACGGUGAUGGCUACAAGCAGCCCCCCCUGCCCGUGUUUGGCUCCUUUGGCCGUGGGGGGCCCGAGGCACUGGGGGGCAGCUACCAGUGCCGGGUGCAGGCGCUGAGCUUCUGUGUGAACGAGCGGCCGUGCGGUGCAGCGCUGGAGCAUCUCCUGGCUGCAGCCCCCACUGCUGCCACCGCCACCCCCCCGGCCCCUCGCCAGCCCCCCUUUGGGGUGGGAGAGCAGAAGGAGCCGUGGAGCACAGGGGGGACGAUCCCGCUGCAGGGAGGUGGUGGUUACCCCCUGGGGCUGCCCCACUGCCUCUACCGGACGCCCGGAAUGUUCUUCUUUGAGUGAUGGACUGACAUCUCCCCCCCGCCCUGGUACCAUGCAGGUACUGUAGAAUAAAGCACGUUUGUUCAUGCUG